GCAGGAGGCAGAGGGCGCGGUUCUGUCUGUAGGAGUUUAAAGUGCGACAGGAACAGCUCCUGAUGAGACGAAGGCGUGGGCUGGACGAGCGUCCUGAGCGGAGCUGUGUGUGACUCGUCUAAACAGAUCCCCCUUGCAGAGAGAUGGAGGAGCUGAGUGUGAUGGGCUGCUCUCAGUUUAAUGUGGAGCUGAAGACUCUCGUGGACGCGCUGCUGAGGGACGUGUGCGCGCUCGCGGCCCGCUGGAGCGCCGCUCUGCAGCAGCAGAUCUCAGCCAGUCACAGCGAGAACCAGGAGCUGAGGCGCCGACUGCACCUCCUGGAGGAGACCCUCUCUCACAGGACGCGGAGGGAGAGUGUGGCGCACCCGGACACACUGGACCAACUCCCAGAGCCCGACUGUGAUCUUGCAGCCCCUGGUUCCUAUCUCCACUGUAAAGAAAUCCGAGCCAAGUGUGCAAAAAACACAAAUAUGGAGACUGAACGUACAGAUAUCAAAGCAGGUCAGUGGAGGAGGAUAAAGGAGGAGGAGGUGGAGAUAUCUGUUACUGGCAGAGCAGUGCACCGACUAGAUGCAUCACACAUUGAUGAACUUCAUACUACUACAGAUGCUGAAGAGAACUGUCAGCUUUCAGAACUGAAGACUGAAAUUGAGGGCAGUGUUGAGCCAGAGAUCCAAGAGCCAGAAUCAGAGCGCAAUGUAGACGACAGUGAAGAUGAUGCUCAGGACUGUUUGGUGGUGGAUGAAGAGUGUGACGCUGAAGAUGGCCAUGGCCACCUCUCUCCACCUAAAACAGAAGAGGAGGAUGGAGAGAGAGAUGAAGAGCAGGAACAAUUUGGCACUUUGCCCUUAUUGAUAUCUGAUCUGCAGCAUAACUCCAUACCUCUGCCUAAUAACUCUACCAGCUCAGACUGCAGCAUGUUUGUGAUGCUGGAGGGAAACACUAAUGUAUCCACUACAGAUCUGAACGAUCAGUAUUCUGAUUUAGCAGGGAGAGCCUCAGGUCCCUCCAACAGUAAGAAACAGAAAGGACCUAGAUACAUUUGCAAUAUAUGUGGGAAAAGUCUGUCAUCAAAAUAUUCUCUUACUGUUCAUUUCACCAUGCACACUGGAGACAGGCCGUAUGCGUGCACGCAGUGUGGAAAGAGAUUUGUUAACAGGACUAACCUUCAGAUCCACCAGAAUAUCCACACUGGAGCAAAACCCUACGUCUGCACACUCUGCCCAAAGUCCUUCGCUGACCCGAGUCCUUUCGGGAGACACAUGAGGAUGCACAGCCGGGAAUUACAGCAGAGCAUCCACAGUCCUAAAUGUCAGUUCAUUUGUAAUAUCUGUGGGAAAAGCCUUUCAACCAAACAAGGACUGUCGUACCACAUCACGAUGCACACUGGUGAAAGGCCCUACACAUGCACUUGGUGUGGGAAGAGUUUUGUUCAGAAGCAUAACUUAAAAAUCCACCAGAAUAUCCACACUGGCGCAAAACCCUAUGCCUGCACCCUCUGCCCAAAGUCCUUUGCUGACCCCAGCAGUCUUAAGAAGCAUAAGAGAAUGCAUGUGUAGAGUUGUAGGCAACACCGGAGGUUGGUUGGUUGAUUUUGAAUGGAAAUUUUAGAUUAGACAUGCAUUAUAUGCUUAAAAGUUUGUGGACACCUGUUCACACUAGGAAGACCUUACACUAGAUGUUGGAACAUUGUUAAGAGAAUUUGAUUGCAUUCAGCCACAAGAGCAUUAGCAAGGCCAGAUGCUGAUGUUUAAGUAGCUCUGAUCACAAACUUUACUCCAACUCAUCCCAAAGUCAUUGGAUGGAGCUCCAUCACUCUAGAGAACACAGUUCCACUGCUUCACAGCCCCAUGUUGGGGGGCUUUAGAGUGUCUCAUUCUUUUGACAGUGCUUUUCUAAGGAGAUUAUAUGUUGUAUUCAACACCUGUAUCAGCACUGAGUGCACCUUUAAGGGGAAUUCUGCUGAUUUCUCAUUUUCUGCCUUGUAGAGAAAAUUACAGACUAUUUUCUUUCA